AUGACGACUGGGGAAAUCAUCCCUGAUUCACUUCUGUUGGCUUUUUUUAAAUGUGUGAGAGUGAAUCCUCAGAGCUCGGUCUACACUGGAGACACCGUCACUCUGAGCUGUGAGCUGCAGCAGGGGACUGGAUGGGAGUUUUACUGGUACAAAAAUAAUCAGCGCAUACAGAAUCUGAACAGUGAACAAGUGAACACACUUAAAGUGACAGUCGAUAAUGCAGGAGAAGCAGAGUACAAUUGUCAGGCAUACAGGAUAAACAACUCCAACUAUAACAACUACACAGGGUUCAGUGAUCCUGUCAAGAUUACAGUGAGAGUGAGACCUAAACCAGUGGCAUCCAUAAAUCCUGAUAAUCAGGUGUUCAGUGGAGACAAUGUCACUCUGAGAUGUGACAUACAGGAUGAAAGUGUCUCUAGCUGGCAGUACAGCUGGUAUAAAGAUACUUCACACAGUCCUGUCAGUAGUGAACAGGUGUACAGUAUCAGUGGUGUUGAAGUGACCCACACAGGUACAUACAUCUGUAGAGGAACAGAGAGAGGAGGCUCACGCUCCUCACACUCCAGUGAUGCUGUUACACUGACUGUAUCAGUAAGACCCAAACCGACUGUGAGAGUGAAUCCUCAGAGCUCCGUCUACAUUGGAGACACCGUCACUCUGAGCUGUGAGCUGCAGCAGGGGACUGGAUGGGAGUUUUACUGGUACAAAAAUAAUGAGACGUUACAGAAUCUGAGCAGUGAACAAGUGAACACACUUAAAGUGACAGUCUAUAAUGCAGGAGAAACAGAGUACAAGUGUCAAGCAUACGGGAGAAACUACUACAAACACAACUACUCCACAGAGUUCAGUGAUCCUGUCAAGAUUACAGUUAGAGUGAGACCUAAACCAGUGGCAUCCAUAAAUCCUCAUAAUCAGGUGUUCAGUGGAGACACCGUCACUCUGAGAUGUGACAUACAGGAUGAAAGUGUCUCUAGCUGGCAGUACAGCUGGUAUAAUGAUACUUCACACAGUCCUGUCAGUAGUGAACAGGUGUAUAGUAUCAGUGGUGUUGAAGUGACCCACACAGGUACAUACACCUGUAGAGGAACAGAGAGAGGAGGCUCACGCUCCUCACACUCCAGUGAUGUUAUUACACUGACUGUAUCAGAGAGACCACAGGCAGUCCUGAGUGUAUCUCCACACAGCUGGCUGACUGAAGGAGACUCAGUGACUCUAAGCUGUGAGGUUACAGACUCCUCUACAGACUGGACAUUCAGCUGGUACACAGUUGUUCCCUACAGAGACGGAUUAACUGGAAUAAAUAAUAAUCAUGGCUAUAUUGUGUAUGUGGAGCUCCUCUCAGACAGCAGCAGAGGAUCUGGAGGCAACUACACUCUCAGUCCUGCUGCUCGUAAUCACACAGGAGUUUAUAUGUGCAGAGGAGAGAGAGGAAAACCAGCCCUUUACACACAGUACAGCAAUCUACAGCCACUAUGGAUCACUGGUGAAUCUCCUCCAGUCUCUCUGAUCAUCGAUCCCAGCAGAACUCAACACUUUACUAAUGACUCUCUCUCACUGAGCUGUGAGGACCAGAGUAAGUCUACUGGAUGGACAGUGAGACGAUACACACACAGUGAGAGAGUGUUAGAUUGUUCACACUGGGGAUCAGUUACAGGAUCUACAUGUAACAUCAGCUUCCUCUCCACAUCCUACACUGGAGUUUACUGGUGUGAGUCUGAAUCUGGAGAAAUCAGUAAUCCUGUCAACAUCAAAGUGCAUGUCUCAGGUCCUAUAUCCAAUGAUGGAACAUUAGGACUGGUUGUUGGUUUGGGAUUUUUGUUCAUCGCUUUUCGGAUCUUAAUGAUGCUGCUGUGGUCCUACAAAAGAAAAAAAGAAAAGCAGAAAACCAAUCAGACAUCAGAACUGAAUCAGAACCAGUCAGGAGCUGAAGACUCUCAGUCAGGACACACACCACUUCAGGCUGGGAGUGCUAAUAUUUAUGACACUGUGGAUGAGUCAGCCAUGAGAGGAACAGGUGAAGCUGCAGCUGAGAUCAACAAAGCCAUUUACACACAGGUCAAGAGGAAAAAGAAAUCAAACAGGAACAAUGGUGCUGACACUGAUGUGACUUAUGCUGAGAUUGAACUGAAACCAAUGCUAAAAACAAAGAGAAUAAAAGGUGCUGACAGUGAUGUGACUUAUGCUGAGAUUGAACUGAAACCAAUGCUAAAAACAAAGAGAGUAAAAGAGACAGCCAUUGUGGGUGAUGAGACUGUAUACUCAGAUGUGCGGAUGCACAUGAAGGAAUAGUGCUGUUAUGAAUGAAACAUCUGCUACAUCUCCCGACCGCCACCAGAGGGAACCUUCACCCGAGUUUUAGCGACAUCCUGACAUCAUCCCCCACAAACCACCACUCCUGUCAUGAUUACACCACCAGCUGUUUCCCAUUUCCCACGCUAUAAAAGCUGAACUUGAACCUUUCCCCAGUGUGAAGUCUCGACUAGUGUUUACUGUAAUUCUGAGUGUUUCCUGGUUGUUAUUCUGUUUUCCGGUUUUGACUCUGUUUGAUUUUCUGAAUCUCUGAUUGUUUGCUGCCUGCCCCGACCUGUUUUUUCGUGUUCACAGAUUCUGAUUAUUUGCUCUCUACAUUGUUGUGUUUGCCGGCUCUGACCCCCGCCUAUUGUAAUACGAUCUCCUAAUAAAGCGUGCAUAUGGAUCCGCCGUUUCCUGACGCCUCAUUACAAGUGCCAUGUGUCCUAAACAGUGAAAUUAUAUAAACUGUAUUAGUCUGUGGGGGAAAAGAAAAAAUCCACCUUUACGCUAUUUUAAGCUAUAAUCACAAAACCAUUAAAUAAAUAAAUAAAUAAA